UGGAGGGGAAUUUCUGAGCAGGGAAAGUGAAAGUUCCAAGCCAUAAAUAGGAGGCAGUCGCAGCCUCACACAGGCUUUCGCACUCACAUUCCCAGACCCCCUCACAUCGCACAAGGACUCCUGUGCACUUCCCAUUGCUCCCUCCCACUCCCAGCCAACUUUGAGUGUCACACAGACUCUUGCACAACCCCAGAGAUUCACCCGUACUCCCGCUCACUGCUGGUCUGCCUCUGUUCACCCUCCAUGGCAUCCCCUGCAGCUGCACUACUGACCCUCAGCCUGCUGAUUCUCUGGACCUCUCCUGCUCUGGGUGGUGCCAAUGAUGCUGAAGACUGCUGCCUGUCUGUAACCCAGCGCCCCAUCCCUGGGAAUAUCGUGCGGGCCUUUCAUUACCUCCUCAUCCAGGAUGGCUGUAGAGUGCCUGCUGUCGUGUUCACCACACUGAGAGGUCACCAGCUCUGUGCACCCCCAGACCAGCCCUGGGUGGACCGCAUCAUCCGGAGACUGCAGAAGAACACUGCAAAGAAUAAGCGCCACAGCAGUUAACCCAUGACAGCCCCAGAGGGAGCCCUGUGUCUGAGUGAGGGGAUAUGAAUCACUGCAGCCCUGGGGAACCAAGGACCAAAAGGGAGGAUCAGGCCUCCAGCAACUCUGUACCAGACCUGACCCAGCUGGGACAGGGCCUGCAGUGUCAAUGUGAGUGUGAGUGUGAGCAGGCAUGAGUGUGGCAGGAGCACAGCUUCUCCUCCACACCCAGACUGCAAUGCUUCCAAUAAAGCCCAACUGGUACCCAUGGA